CUACUUGAACUGAGAGAAAGCAUCAUCACUGAGUGUUUCUAGGUAAAUGGACCGAGGCUAGCGCUGUUUUUUGCAGGUUGGUGGUAAUUUCGAAAUUCACGAGCAUGGCGACUUAGAAACGCAUUUUACUUACUGUAGAUAUUGCACUGCCAACUGUGCAUUUUUUGUUUGUCUGCUUUGUUUUUUUAACACUGCAGUUCUAAGGGUCGUUGCCAUCUCAACAGUUUAGCUUUAAUUGGAAGUGAUUCUUUAACCUUCCUCGACAAAGUAGCAGCUAAUGCUAGCCUCCAUAUAACUGUCCAGAAGUGAUCUUUGUAUAAUAAAAUCAUUUGGUAUUUCGCAUACAAGAGCACGCGACAGCUGUAAGCUUGAUCAGCAAACAGAGACAGGUUGGGCUUUUUGUUUGAGGGGAAACAUGUCGGGAGCUAACAGGGGACAGGGAAGCGCGGCUAGUGAGUAUCACAACCAAGAGAAUAUGCCGUCAAGACUAAGAGGCUCGAUAAAACCUCGAGCUGCUGCAAACGAAAACCAAGAAAACCAUCCACCGAAACAGGCAGCCAGUAGAACCGUCCUGGGACCUCUGCAGAACAACCAGCGGAGCAAAACCCAGAAUCAGCGCGGAACGAAACAGGACUCAUCACAGACGUUGACGUGUAAAAAUGAAGAUUUCAGCAAAAGCUGCUAUGAGAAGCCAUCCACCAAACAGCCUGCUUUCCAGAUCCAUGUGGAUGAGCCCGAUGGAACCUGUGCCAAGAAGCCACAGCAGGUGGUUGAAGCUGUCAAAACAAAGUCGGUCCCUGUAGAGUCUCCCCUCACAAUCAACAAUGUUGUGGCACAGCUCCGACAGCCCCUGGCCACAAUUGAUAUUCCAUCAGCAAUGGAUGUCAGCUUUGACUCUCCCAUGGACAUGUCUGUGGUCGAGGGGGAGGAGAAACCAGUCAAUGUAAAUGAGGUCCCAGAAUAUGCUGCUGAAAUCCACACGUACCUUAGGGAAAUGGAGGUAAAAACCAGGCCUAAAGCUGGCUAUAUGAAGAAGCAACCUGACAUCACGAACAGCAUGAGGGCCAUCCUGGUGGACUGGCUGGUUGAGGUUGGAGAAGAGUACAAGCUCCAGAAUGAAACGCUUUAUCUGGCUGUCAACUACAUUGACCGCUUCCUCUCAUCCAUGUCUGUCUUGAGAGGGAAGCUUCAGCUGGUUGGCACUGCUGCCAUGCUGUUGGCUUCGAAAUUUGAAGAGAUCUACCCCCCUGAGGUGGCAGAGUUUGUUUACAUCACAGAUGACACCUACACCAAGAAGCAAGUGUUAAGAAUGGAGCAUUUGGUGCUUAAAGUGCUCUCCUUUGAUCUGGCAGCACCUACCAUCAACCAGUUUCUCACCCAAUACUUCCUCCAUCAGCCAGUUAACAAACAAGUGGAAAACCUAGCAAUGUACCUUGGGGAGCUCAGUCUUGUUCAUUCAGAUCCCUUCUUGAAGUACCUGCCAUCACAGACGGCUGCUGCAGCUUACAUCCUAGCCAACAGCACAGUGACUGGUGGCUCAUGGUCAAAGUCCUUGACGGAGAGAACAGGAUACUCACUGGAAGAUCUUAUGCCAUGCAUUGAAGAUCUGCACCGACUUUACCUCGGUGCUGCUCAGCAUGCCCAGCAGUGUGUUCGAGAAAAGUACAAGGCCUCCAAGUACCUUGAAAUUUCCCUCAUCGAACCUCCAACUAAACUGCUGCUGAACUGAUGUCUCCCUCUUCCCUUCUACAUGUAGAGUUGUACCAGGUUUUUUUUUUUUUUUUUAUUUUAUAUAUAUAUAUAAAUGACGUGUGCCACAAUUUCAAGUAACAUUGCCUGCUCUUCUCGGAGUAGUGCUAGAUAAUUUUUUUUUUUUUUCUUUUUUGUUUUGUAUUUUUUUAAAUGUAUUUUUAUAUACACAUUCAUACCGGAUGCUACAGUUCAGUUGAUCAAGCAAUUUUAAUGGUUUGACUUUUAAUCAGACAAAAUGUAGAGGUCUUGUCACCCCUCUCUAAACACUGUUUUGAUCUACAGUGUCCCAACUAAAGUAGACCCAUGAAUGUACUCAAACCCAGAAACCUUAAUUCUCCUUCUACUUUGAAGGGUUGAGGUCAAGCAGUUUCUGGUUCACUUUAAGAGGCAUGACAAAGUAUUUGGCUUGAUGGGAUGCAGAUUAAAGUGUUUUGUCUGUCAUUGAGUCGGCUGUCUCAUUACAUUGAUGUCUUGGAAGCAAACAGCUUUUCAAGGCAUUUGAAUCUGCACUGUAAAAUAUGGCUCUUGUAAAUAAAAUUCAUUUAAAGUAA